AUGCACCCCCCCUUCAUCUCCUCACCGAACGACCACCAGGCCAUCCAUUGUCACACUCAGCGCUGGUCAAUAGCAUUGUCUGCCACCUCAGUCGAUCGAACAUUGCAUUGUCCCCCGGUGAUGGCGUCACACUCACCGACGGCACCACCCCUGCCUACUCCCGAUCGUCACAGACUAUCACUCGGUCUUGGCAUGGCGAUCACCAGCCGCACCGGUAGACUGGUGGUGAGGGUUGUUUAG